AUGGAUUCAGAAGACGGAGGAUUAUUCAUCAAGCAACUUGCUGCCUUUGUGCGCACUCACGAAAAGGCUCUUGCCAAUGCUCUGCAAUUCCAGCGCCGCGAGGUGCGCCAUCGAGCCACGCAAAGCACGAGUUCUGCCACCCUUUCGCAGUCUCCGACGUUUCCCGAUCGUCCUGCGACCGCUGUGUCUACUGGUAGCUCGCUGGCCGCUGCUCUAUCUCUCGGACCCCUCAACUUCACUUCUCACAAUGUCAAGUCUGCAAAGCUGGCUCUGACUCCCCACCAUCUCUUCUAUCUCCUCUCUCGCUUCGAAGAAUUGGGUAUCAAUGUGGGCCCCAUGAAAGUUCGCUUAGAAGAUCUUCACGACAGCUCGUCGUCUGCAAAUUACGUAUCAUUUCUAAGCAACACCCAGCGGUCUAGAAGCCACAGCUCAGAUGUUGGCUCAAUACAUUCCGUCACGAGCAUUCGGAGUGUCAUGUCUGGCAUGUCUGCCUUGUGGACAAGCUUCAGCAUCGGUGCCAGCAUAUCUGCUGCCCGGACGGAGCGUCAAAAGGCGGCCUUGGAGGCGGACAUGAAGUACUUGUAUUCUGCCUUUACCAAGAUUCCCUGCCUUCGGCUGGCUCCUGAUUGGCGUGCUCGCCUCAUCAAGGGCUAUGAAGAGUUUCCCUUUGACUCUGCAGUUCCUCUCUACAUUUUCAAGAAUGUUCAGGCUCUAGAAGUGAGCAACAUUGAUUUUCGUCAAUUCUUUGGCUGGGACCGCAUGGCCGACCAGCUCCGCUCGCUUACGGUCAAGCACGCGGGGAUAGAAGAUCCCUCCGAUAUCUUGAUUGACAUCGUCUUAGACGACAUGGAUAAGAGACGCCGCAGAACAUCCAAAUCUCAGACUUCACCGUCAAUACCAAGCUGGAACGGGAGCCACAGUCCUCGAAAAAGCCCGCCCAUGUCCGGGCGUGAGUUUUCGCGGUCCGUGUCCGUCCCCAGCUCCGUCCCUGGCUCAAUGCCCGGAUCACCCGACCCUCGAGCCUCUCUUGGCGAGCUUCGCGUCGGCUCCAUGGGCGAGGCUGCUUCUCUCAACAAGGACUCUCGGCCAAGAAGCCAUUCUCCACCACGACCAUCCAGCUCUCGCAACCACCACAUCCGAUCUCAGCAGCAGAGAAUUAGGCGUUCUGGAUCUGGGAGUUCCAACUCCAGCCUAUCUGACUCCUGGUAUCACCACCAUUCUAGGGGCAGCUCUGGCAACCUCUUGGGAGCCACCAUUCUCCCCCCAUCAAAAUGGCGCUUCCUGAGGCACCUCAGCUUAGCGGACAAUCCCAUGACCUCAAUUCCCGCAUCCAGCUUGGCCCCUCUAUCCAACACCCUCUUCUCCCUCGACUUGUCGUCCAACCUCUUCAGCCAAAUUCCGGACAGUCUUUCCACUCUCACUGCUCUCCGUGCCUUGAACUUGUCGCAUUGCAUGAUUGACUCUCUGCAUUCUCUGACCCGAAACCCUCUGCCAGCCAUUACUGCUCUCAACCUGCGAGCCAAUAGACUCCAAUCUCUUGCAGGCAUCGAGAAGCUGUAUCCCUUGGAAAGGCUGGACCUUAGAGAUAACCGGCUCACAGACCCCAAGGAGCUUGCACGCUUGACCGGAAUUCCGGAGAUUCGUGAAAUUUGGGUCGAGGGCAACCCCUUCACCCGCACGCACAAAGACUACCGUGUGACCAUUUUCAACUUGUUUCGCCUGACGCCGGGAUACACCGAAGAUAUUGUCAUUGAUGGAAGCGGACCUAGCUCUUCUGAGAAGCGAAUCCUCGCUGAUCGAGUUCCGAUUCCCGAGUCGGUUCCGGUUGUAAAGCCGAUUGUGACUGAGGUGCGAGGUGUCGAUGUAAGCAAGCCCGGUGUCUACGCUGCUGCCAGAGAGACCACUGUCCUGCGCAAGGAGAGGCCGGUUCCCAAGGCUGUUGCCAGCGAAACCAACACAAGCUCGACGCGGCGUCGCAGAAAUACAAAACGACGUAUCGUCGAUCUUUCAACUAGUGACAAGAUCCCACAGCCUUCGCCAAUCGACGUGCAAAGUCUCAGAUUCCCGAUUGAAUCUCCUUCAGCCGCUACCAACUCUAUGAAUUUCAAUUACAGAGCUUCGCACGCAGCCAGCACCCCGGCUUCGCCUCCUGAUGCAUAUGCAAGCCCCUUCUCCAUAGAGAACGCACAUGCGGAUUUUUCAUUUAGUGCAGGCAAUAUCCCGCCACAAGAUUGGGACUCCAACGGCGAGAUUUAUCGCCGCAAAAUAGAGGCUCUACGUGACAAGGUUGGCGAUGGCUAUCUCAGCGUACUGAGCGAGGAGAGCUGGGAUGCCAACAAUGUCUACGGCUCAGCAAACAUCCCCUCCUCGACUGCUGCGCUCCUGGCGGCUCAUACCCCCACUCAUCACGCACCGCCUAUGCAAGCUAUUCAUGGAGGCCACUCAUGAUGACUUAGUUGAGCGUUCUGAGUUUUUUUUUCUUUCCAAGCCUAGCAUCCUAGGCUAACAUCCAUUUCUGAAUGAUACCCACAAUACCAAUACCCUUCUCCACGUCUUUAUAUACUAGGAUUGUUGUCCCAACUCUACC